AUGGCAGGGGGAGCCCAGGGUGAUUGCAAAGAGCAGCCGGGUGCAAAGGGCAGCAGCCAUGUCUGUGCCGUAGGCCUGGACCAUGAGCUGGCCUUCUCCAAGAUCAUCGUGGAGCUGCGGCGGAGGCACCCAGGCCACAUCCUGCCGGACGAGGACCUGCAGUGGGUGUUCGUGAACGCAGGCGGCUGGAUGGGCUCCAUGUGCCUGCUACACGCCUCGCUCACCGAGUACGUACUGCUCUUCGGCACCGCCAUCGACACCGGGGGUCACUCAGGUCGCUACUGGGCUGAUAUAUCGGACACGAUCAUCUCAGGGACCUUCCGGCAGUGGAAGGAGGGGACAACCAAAAGCGAGAUGUAUUACCCAGGGGACACCAUCAUGCACCGGAUGGGCGAGACAACAGCGGUGCAGUGGAGCGCUGGGACAUGGAUGGUGGAGUACGGUCGGGGCUUCAUCCCCUCCACACUGACCUUCGCCCUGGCCGACACCAUCUUCAGCACUCAGGACUUCCUCACUUUCUUCUACACCCUCCGUGUCUAUGCCAAGGGGCUGCUCCUUGAAGCCAGCACCUACUUCAUCGGCGCUGCCCACUGAGGUCCGGGUGCUGGGGGCCAUGCCCUGCCCCUGCCACCUCUGGAUAACACUAGGGCAUCCCUGCCCCAUCACCUAUGCGCCCCUUUCCAGCGGGCGCCCAGCUCUGGGGGCUAGCCGGACUCUGCUGGAGAAGGAGAUCAGCCUUUGGGAACGCCCAGCUGCUCCUCCCUGGAGGGACUGUUGUUCAGACUGGCUGCCCUGCGGGGGUCCCCAGGGGUCCUGCACACUCUGGAUGGGGGGACGGGCUUGGGCCCAGCCGGAGGUGCUCCCAGGAAAGAAGCACAGCCAGGAGAUGGGCAUGCCAGCUGGGGAGGAGCACAGGGGGCACAGGUUGUAACAGCCCUGUGCUGGACACUUCCAUCUGUGUAAGAGCAGGGUCUGAUAAAAAGACCCCCUGGACCAGCUCCAGGGUUGGCCUCCUGCCCUCGGUGUCAAUAACCUGGCCCCACACUCUGGAUCUCCUGGAGUACCACUGCUGCCAUCAGCUCUGCCUCCUGUCGGUGCAGCCAGUGCCCCUAGGAGCCCUGUGGUGCCAGCCAGGCACGCACAUGUGUGCAUAUGCAUCUCAGCUGUCCAUGAGCGUGUGCUGUAAUGCCUUCUGACAGCUCAGGGGAGGGGGGAGAGGUGGCAGAGGCCCCCUCCCCUUGUCAGGGCAGAACCAUCAUCCAUUGCCUUCACCAAGAGCCUUACUCUGGGUCUGCACACAUGUCCAGGCUGGGGAAGGGCAGUGCUCACCCAGGGGCUGUCGCCUGGGCAGAGCAGACCCAGCCCAUCCCCCUUGCCUUCCUGCCUCCUCCUGUCCCCUACAGGCUGCAGGCCUUGCCCCACAGCCGUCAUAUCUCCUACCCCCACAACCUGGGCACCCCCUGACUGACAUAUCCUGACCCCCAAGCGGGACAGGGCUGACCGGGGAGGCAGCAGUGAAGUCCCAUGGCUACCCACCCAGUGGUGGCAGGCUGCAUGCUGCUUCUCCAUGAAGCAAAGAACUCGGAAACAGUCCAGCAUCCACCUUCACUGGUAACAUCCAGGAUGCUGCCCCAUGGGGUGGAGGUAGGAGGAUUGUAGGGGUGUUUGAGGGUGCUCUUGGGGUCACCUGCUGGCCCAAAAGUGUUCCCAUCCUCUUGUUACCUGCUGCCCAGGGCCAUUAUGAACACUAGCCCCCAUGGCUCGGCCCUCUCUCCCAUUCCUCACAGAGGGCACAGCCCUGCUCCGUUUCCCCCUCCCAGGGGCAACUGGCUCCCAUGUGCUCUGGCCAGGGCUGCAGCUGCUCUUCCUCCCAGUCCCAGUGCACUAGUGGGGUUGGGAUCUAUGCACCCCCUGCACCCAUCUUCCCUCUAGCUGGGUUCCAGAUGGCCCUGUCUUCCAUGUACCCAGCAGCGCCAGCCUCUUCUGUUCCCAACCCAGCGUCAGCCCAGCAGCCACCAAAUCCCAUUGCUUGUGUCAGACUGGUCCUGUCCCAGCCUUUGGCGGGGGACAUGGUUAAGUAUGUCACCAAUAAACCUGCUCGUGUGACCAGUC